CGCCCAGUAAGAGUUACUGGCCAGGUCUUUCUUUUAAGUCUUCAGAGCACAUCACUUUAUCUGAGGCGCUGCAAAGAAUAAUCAUGCCACUUACACCUAUUAAAAUCUUUAUUCUGAUAUGUGGAUUUUGUUCCCGAUUUCAUGCUAUCGAAUAUCCACCAGUUCAGACCCAAAAUGAAGUUUUGCAUGGAUCUGAUGUGUCUUUGCGAUGUGAUGUCCCUCUCCUGUCUGAAUCCUCAACAUUGCACUGGGAGACAGACAGAGAAGAAACAUGCAACACCACUCUGAUGUACAACAACUCUGCCUACAUCAUCUUACACACUGUUGAUGAACGCAAUGAAGGAAAAUAUUAUUGUAGAUUAAUGAAAAAUAGAACAGUACAAACUGUUAGGAUUCAUACACUUAAUGUCAUUUCACAUUCAUACAAUGCAAAAAAUAAAAAUGAUACCAUUUACAGACAAAGCUCCAGUAACAGUGAUGUAUUACUGAUCUGCAAAUCUAGCAAGAAAUAUGACAGCUUGAAGUGGACCUGGGAGCAGAGGCCUAAUUCAUUGAUUGAUCUGAUAGCUGUUGAAAAAGGAAAAGAAGUUCAAUUAAAAGGACCAAUUAAACCAGGACAACGUUCUUCAACCACAUACAAUAGUCAAGCUUUAAUCUUUCACAUCUCACCUGUGAACUUCAAUUAUAGUGGGACAUACAGGUGUAUUACAAAUAUUGGCAUCUACACAACCACAGUACUACGCACCAUCAGAGUCUCAGUGGAGCCUCUUGAUGAUGUGUUGAGACAGUCAGUGGUUCUUACCUGUGAACUUUCUGAAGUAAAUGAUUCAGUGACGCUGGUCUGGCUCAGGAUGGAGGGAAACAGAGGAGUUCUGGUCGAACAACAAAUUACCACUGAGAAAAACAACACGUUACGUCUCACAGUGGAUCUGUCCAGCUAUGAAACAGACCCGCUGCGCUGGCAGUGUGCAGUUUUUACUGAGAAUACACUCCGAGCUCUGGCCCCUGUUACAAUCAGUUUUACCUCAUCAACUACAAAUGGUCCAACAGAAACCUCAACUGUAACAAACCAAGAAGACACCAUGACACAGGACCGUCAUCUACAGAUCAUGAUCAUCGUGGCAUGUGCUGUCAUUGUCCUGAUUCUGCUGGGACUUCUAGUUUUUAAAUGUCAGCAAAAAACAGGAGCUGACGGCUGGUUUAAAACAGAGUAUAAAGGUUCAGAGGUGGACUGCAGUACUACAGUCAUCUACUCAGCUAGUACAGAGUGAGCCAACACUUGUACAGAACUUGCACAGAAACAGCUGAACAUCAUCUCUUCCGUCAGCACUUAACCGCAUCCUGCUGAAAAAAAAAAAAAAAAAAUAAUAAUAAUAAGCAAAAUAAAAUUCUUCUAUGCUUUCACUUUUCUUUAAUCUCUCCUUGUUCUAGCUUGUGCUGGUCAUAAGUCACUAAGACCAAAUCAUAAACUAUCCUCCCUGCUGAAAAACAAACAAACAAAGAAAAAUCAAUACAAACCAUCACAGAAAUUGUAAUACUAUUGCAAACAUUACAAACCAUCAACUUUUAACCACUAUUAAAACCAAUUUAAAAACAAUGGUUUCUUGUAGUGUGAUAUGGGACAUGUUCCAUUAUAAUUUAGUGUUUUUAACAAGCCACCAAUAGAAGGCGACCAAUUACCAGUAGAGACCAACAGUCACUAUUACAUUUACCAUUAAAACCAGUACAAUUUCCAUUAUAACCGGUAAAACCAUUACAAAUUCUGUGAUGUUUCUAUUUUUUUUUUUUCAGCAGGGCUAAAAUGGCUGUUGCUGGCAAUCUUCCUCAGAACAUAAACAUUUUAGAAACGUGCAGCAUUUAUUUGCACAAGUUCUCCCACAUAUCUUAUUUGGUUUUGGAGGUUAUCCCAACUAAACUUAUUAACAAGUUGGACAAGAAGUAACAGCUGUCCUUGUGUCCAGUUUGGUUUUCUUUUACGUUUGCAUGUCUUACUAUCAGCCAUGAUUACUCCACUUGUUUAAUUAAGAGGUUGUUUAUAAUUGUUUAUGAGAAGCACCCAUGUAAAAAGCUGAUAUUUAGCUGAACAUACACUUGUUUAAUUAGUAAAGCUUAGCCUGCAAUUUUUAUUUGAAUGUGGCAACAUUUUUAUUUUUAAAUCUUUAUUUGAAUAUGGCAACAUAAUAUGGCGCUCUACAAUAUUUCUAUGGAUAAAUCUCUAACAGAAACCCAUCCCCUCUCAGCCAAUCACUGUGUGCAUAGUAAGCAAGCAUGCUGACAUCAUCCAUAGCAACUAGGUCAACCCCGCCCUUACCCAUAGUUUAGGACAUCUCUCUAUUUCUUAGUAAAAGUUUGUCUCAGCAGCUUUGUGUAUAGGUUUUAAGAGAAAACUCUUAGCUAAAAACUUUUACUGCUAUUUAGCAGAACUCUUAGUUGUAAGAUAAAAUGUUUUGUUAAUACGGGCCAUGCUAAAUAAAUAUAUUUUUUUAAUAAAUUAAAUGUAAAAGUUGAAUGGAAUUUAAAACAUCAAAUGAAUAUGUUACUAAUAAUAGCAAGCCAUU